UAUCAACAAAAAACAUUUUGUAGAAAAUAAAACUUAUAAACGGUUUGGAUACCAACAUUUAACUGUAGCAGCAUUUCAGUACCGCUGCUUCAGUAUUUAGCCUGAUUAAACCGGGUCAAAUUAAAUCCGAUGUCAAAGAGCUAAAGUGGAACUAAGUGCGAAAACCCAAUCAAAGCAACUAUUUUAGUCCAAUAAACCAUUUUAUACCCAAAGUCAUAGAAGUCUGCACAAAGAGUUGGCCUGGCCAAAAACCGCAAGCACCAAAGACAGGACGCCACAGGAGGACGAGUAGGGUGGCGGAAUAGACAAAGUGUAUCAAUUAUAAUACGGGCACAAGGCGAAGCAUCCCGAGCCGUUGGCAAAAGAAGGAGGGGAAGCCCUGGAGCCGGGAUCCAGGAGCCAGAAAACAGGGUCCAGGAAAAGGAGAUAACACUUAAUGAAAAAGUGUCCUUGAAAUUUUGGUUUCAAUUCGGCAACCACACAGCACCCAGAGCCAUGUUGGCAACGACAACUACAGCCACAAUUACCUCGGAUCCGGGCAUUCUCUGUUUUCAUCACUGCAACGUGAAAGUUUUCUGCUUCACUUUGCCGCACACUUGUCCCCAUUGCAAUGCCCCACUGGACGCGGAUGGGGAUGCGGAUAGGGAUGCGGAUACGAAUGCGGAUGCGGAACCAAAUGCGGAACUAGACAGGAGCGGGCCACGCCUGCUCCCCUUCCGCCUGCCAUAUCCUUUUGUGCGGGCCACACAGUAUCCAUGCGCCAUUGUCCUGCGUCCCUCCACCGGCGAUUUCCUCAACGAUUACAGCAACGCCACCGAUUUGCAUAUCGCAGUGACCACGUCCGGCGGCGACAUCGUGGAGUUCGAUCGGUUCGGCCUGCGCCGCCAUCGGCGGGAUGAUAAUCCGCCCGAGUGGCGGCAGUCGCUGAUGGUGGGCGAUGUGCCGGAGCCGUGGCACGACUUCUGGGACGAGGUCCUGCAGCAGGUUUGCGCCCAAACGGCGCGGUGGUCCAUCGCCAGUUACGCGGAGGAGAGCCACAACUGCUACGCCUUCGUCCUGGCCUUCCUGCAGGCCCUGGGCCACGCCCACUUGAGUGAGGCGGCCCGCAGCAAGACGGCCUUUUGUGAACAGUGCAUCGUUCCCAGGACGACGACGGCGGGAAAGUAUAUCUCGCUGUAUCGGAAAAUUCGCAGGAGUGGAAUCUACGUUCAUCGCCAGCAGCCCAAAAAUCGCAGUAAGCCGGCAUCGGCAACUCCAUCAAGUUCCUAUUCCUCUGAUGUCUGCAAUGGUGUUGGCAGUAGCAACAGUAGCAAAAAGGUCUCAAAAAAAGGAUACUCAAGCAGCAGUAUUGCCGGAAUCUCACCCCGCGCAAGACCCACACUCUGCACCAUCGAAGAGUGAUUAAAUCGAUAAGCAACACAUUUCUAAAAAUAAUUAUGUAAGAACUAAGCUCAAUGUAGUGAAAUUUAAAAUUAAUUGAACAUAAAUAAAAUAUAAAAACUGA